AUUCCAUUUCUUCCUCUUCCCGAUCUUCAUUCUCUUUUUGAUGGGCUAAUAACUUUCCGUCGAUCGGUAAAGGAAUUCGUUCCUUGCUGCAAUUUCGUUUCCGUUGGUUGUCGCGGAUCGUCUACCAUGCCUUCGAUGAUCAGCGAUUUCUUUCUCGUCAUUGUUAUCGCUGCUUCCCCUUCUGGUUCUUGUUCCCAUCGUCUGAAAAAGCUUAAGAAAUGGAAUCGUCUUUGUAGUAGUCUUAGCUAACAUUGGGUUUUCGGUUGGUUCUCACGUCGAUCUUGAUCUUUCUUUCUUAUAGCGCGUUCUUCAAUAGCUGUUCUUAUCUCCUGUAUCUUUUCUGGGAUAUCUGAGAUCUGAGGGUACUCCGGCUGUAGGUUUUGGUUUUGGAUUGGCUGCGUUGAAUUCUGGGUUCUUUUUUCUCUAGCAGUUUGUGGAGUUGGAAUCAUACUUGAUUGCAAGCUUUAAUCACAGUUAUAUGAAAAUGGCUGAUAUUGGAUCAUGCGAUAAGUCAAUUUUCCAAGCUGUUGAGCACAAAUCAUGUAAAAAUAAUCCUUUCCACAAACAGGCGUUCGGAGGAGAAGAUCAGCUUAAUUGUAUCAACAAGGAAAUUGUUAUGAUGGAUUUACUUUUGGAAAAACUGGAGAUUUCUGAUGAAGAUGAUUUGGAUGAGUUGCUGCUUGAAGAUCGUGAAAAUCUGCUUGUUAAAAAGACAAACUGCCCUUCAAUCCCUAACAAAGAAACGCUGCUGUUUUCUUCUCCUAAUACUACUGAGUUGAAGGACUUGAGUAAAUGUGCGGCAAUUCUAUGCUCCGAAGCUUUGCAAUCAAUCCCUUCAAUAUUUGCGGAAGUAGAGUUAUCAACUAUACAAUUGGGAUAUGAAAAUUCUGUAUCUGUUAACAAUCCCGGAGAAGAUAGCAUGUUGCCUCUUCAUGACUCCUCAAAAUUUGUAUCUGCCCUUAAAGGAAGCCGAGCAAAUAAAGGGAAACCUCUCGAUCGAAAUCUGCGUGUUACAUGGGCAGCAAAUGUCUAUGAUCCACCUGUUACUUCAUCUUCCCACACAGUGAGGGGACACCGCCACCGUCUUCCCAAGGCCAAGACUUGGGAUUAUCACAGGCAGAAGCACAUGAAAGCUAAGCCAUCUAAUGCCAGCAGCAGUGGUGAUAGAAAGCGCUCUCAUAGAAGAAGCACUAGUAGCACCUUUUUGGAUGCCCGGAUGGCAGGGAUGCAAGCUCUUGCAAGUAAAUCAAUGCAGAUUGGUUUUCGAAUGGCAAAGUUAGAGGCUCUGGAUCUUGCAGCAGCACCAAAAUGGUCAGGAUUUACUGAACUGUGCAGGUAGCUUCCAUGCAGAAUCACCUUGGCCAUUUUCAUUUCCUAUUGCAGAAGCUUCCUGAUAGUUGCUGGCUAAUUUGGUUGAGUUACUACUUUACAUGCUGCAACUUUUUUUUUUUCUUCCCGUUGAUUAAUUUAUUUGAACUGUCAUACAUUAUGCCUGUGAUAUGUAAGCAAGUGUUUGGAUGGAUUUGGUUACUGCUGUUUGGAUGGACUGUAUUAACUUAUCCAGCAGCUUUAUUUGACAUAUAAGUACAAAACUGACCUUUAUGUAUUUACUAUUCAUAUUUGAUGUAUUAAGAAGUAAAA